AUGUCAAAGUAUUUCACUGAAGUCAAGGAAUUGCCCCCAGACCCUCUUUUCGGUUUGAAGGCUCGUUACGUUGCCGACUCCCGUCUGGAUAAAGUCGACUUGGGUAUUGGUGCCUACAGAGACAACAACGGUAAGCCAUGGAUCUUGCCUGCUGUUAGAAAGGCAGAGAGGAAAUUGAUUGACCUGGAUGGCUACAACCACGAGUACCUUCUGAUUUCUGGGUAUGAGCCAUUUUUGGAGCAGAGUGCUAAGGUGAUUUUGGGCGAUGACUCCCUGGCCAUCAAGGAAGGUGCUGUUGUUUCCCAGCAGUCCUUGUCCGGAACUGGUGCUUUGCAUUUGGCUGGCGCUUUCUUGAAGCAAUUCUACGCUGGCAACCACACCAUCUACUUGUCGAAACCUACUUGGGCCAACCACAACCAGAUUUUCACGUCAUUGGGCUUCAAGGUCGACAACUACCCAUACUGGGACGCCAAGAACAAGAAGUUGGACAUUGACGGCUACCUUAAUACCAUCAAGUCUGCUCCUAAAGGCUCCAUUUUCGUUUUGCACGCAUGUGCCCACAAUCCAACUGGUUUGGACCCUACAGCUGAACAAUGGACUCAGAUCUUGAAGACCAUUGCCGAAUACGACCACUUGCCUUUGUUCGACUCGGCCUACCAGGGUUUCGCUUCUGGUGACUUGGAUAAGGACGCUGCUCCAAUUAGAGAGGCUAUCAAGGCUGGCACCAUCACCUCUCCUAUUCUCAUUUGUCAAUCGUUCGCUAAGAACGUUGGUAUGUACGGUGAGCGUGUUGGCGCCAUCCACGUUGUCUUGCCUCUUAGCGAGAACGCUAGCACGAGAGACCCAUUGAAGCGUGCCAUCAAGACCCAGUUGCAGAAGUUGACGCGGUCUGAGAUCUCCAACCCUCCAGCCUACGGUGCUAAGAUUGUCGCUACUAUCCUUACGGAUCAGGCUUUGAGACAGCAAUGGCAGGAGGACCUUAUCACCAUGUCUUCUAGAAUCAUCUCCAUGAGAAAGGAGUUGAGAAGACAAUUGGAAGAGUUGGGAACUCCAGGUACCUGGGAACACAUUACUAACCAGACCGGUAUGUUCUCUUUCACCGGUUUGAGCGCCGACAUGGUUGCUCGUUUGGAGAAGAACCACGGUGUUUACUUGGUGUCGUCUGGUAGAGCCUCUGUGGCUGGUUUGAAUGAGCACAAUGUGUCUAAGGUUGCCAAGGCCUUUGACGAGGUUAUUAGACACUUUGCUAAGUCCAAGUUGUAA